AUGACAGAACGGAAUCGUUUUGAAGCAUUGGAAGAAUCGAUUGAGAGUAUUAUUGAUCAUUGCCGAGAAGCCGGGAUCGUUGUUUGUGACUACCAACCCAGUAUUUCUUUUCAUCGGAAAAUCAACGACCUCGUUGCCAAACUUCAGGAUUUAGAUCGUAUGCAACCGGAAUUGCAAGACGUGUUUGUCCCUAUCGAGCUUUGCAGUAAAAUUGAUGCCGGUCAGAAUCCUCACCUAUACACACGGGAAUGUAUGGAACAAGCUUUGGCCAAAAACGAAGCAGUUCGUGGCAAGCUGGACAGUCUGCGACGUUUUCGUGCCCUAUUGAUGGCAGAACUUUCUGUCUAUUUUCCGAAAGAAAUGGACAAGUACCGUGUAGUCCGCGGUGAUCCGGAAGCUCCUGUUUUGGGUCCGACCAGUCUCAGUGCUGGAAGCACUGCCAUAUCGGGUCAGUCGAACGGAUCAGGUACCGAGACCGGUCCGGAUUCCGGAUCGCUACGAUAG